CUAAUUUCAAAGAGUUGAAGCCAAAAUCACCAAAAAAUAAAAACUAUAAAAUAAAAAUGAGAGCCUAGAAAAUAGGGCACCAAACAAGUUUAAACACAAGAAUUUCUUAAGCCUAAAAACGACAAAUCUAUUGAUUAUCCCUCCCUUUCUCUCUGCCUUAGAACAAAAGCUAAGGCAGAGAGGCUAGCCAGUAGCCAUCCUGCAGUGCUCGGCCUCCUCAGAUCAACAAAACAAAAACGAAAAUAAAAAAUUGUAAUAGAAAAAGAAAGAGAAAAUGGUUUUCCAGGAUUUUGAUCAAAUAUCAGAAAGGAGGAGGUUGGAGAGACAACGCAAGUUUCGGAAGAAGCUUAUCAUUGCUUGUGUUGUUGCGAUCAUUUGCAUUGUCCUCAUCGUCGCCUGUGCUUAUGCAUACGUUGGGCAGGAGAUGAAAAAUAACAAAAACAAGGAUGUGGAUGACCACCAAAAGACUACCAAGGCAGGAGAUUCAGACCAUCAGGAAGAUCAAGCUACUAAAAAGGGGGCAGAUCCAACCCCACAUGAUGAGAAAGAAAAAGGAGGAGACGACAAAGAAGGAGGAGGGGAUAUUAUUAAGGGGACAAGUGGCAUUGCUAACGUUCAAAAAAUGGUGAAAACUGUUUGCAAUUCCUCCACUUACCAAACUAGAUGUCAAACCACAUAUGAUGAUGCAAUCAAGAAAAACUCCUCUAUUACGCCUGAAGACUUCAUCAAGGUUUCAAUCCAGGCAGUGAGCACAGAGAUUCAAAGCGUUAUGGAAAAGAUUAAUAACAUGAAACUAGAUGACCCUAAGGUUCAAGGAGCAUUAGAAGAUUGCAAGAAUUUGAUCGCGGAGGCAAAGGAUGAAUUAAAUAGUUCGAUUUCUAUGGCUGGACAAGACCUUAAGAAGAUGGCUGAUAACGGGCCAGAGCUAAAGAAUUGGCUUAGCGCUGUGUUAUCAUAUCAACAAACCUGCAUUGACGGGUUCCCCAAUGGCACGACCAAAACUGACAUGGAAAAGAGCUUUAAUGCGUCCAAGGAGUUCACAAGUAACUCACUCGCUGUUGUAGCAACAUCAAAUUCAUUGCUCUCGGCGCUUAACAUUGUAUUGCCUGGAGGUGCCAGUCGUCGGCUUUUGGAAAAUGAAUCUUCUUUGGAUGAGGAUGGUUUUCCGAGUUGGUUUACACACGAAGAUAGGAGGAUGCUAAAAGGUGCUAGUGCCGACAAGCCGAAGCCCAAUAAAGUCGUUGCUAAAGAUGGUAGUGGAGACUUCAAGACUAUUAACGAUGCAAUCAAAGCCAUUCCUAAUCAAUAUGAUGGAAGGUAUGUCAUUUAUGUAAAGGAAGGGGUAUAUGAAGAAAGUGUGACCAUAGAAAAGAGGAUGGAGAACCUUACCAUCUACGGCGAUGGGUCGCAGAAAAGCAUUGUUACUGGAAGUAAGAAUUUUGCUGAUGGUGUUCGAACUUUCCAGACUGCGACUUUUGUGGUACUAGCACACGGGUUUUUGGGCCAAGCAAUGGGAUUUAGGAACACGGCUGGGGCAGAAAAGCACCAAGCUGUGGCUAUACGGGUACAAGCAGAUAAAGCAGUGUUCCUAAACUCACGCUUUGAAGGCUACCAAGACACACUCUAUUCCCAAAACCAUCGCCAAUUCUAUCGUAGCUGCGUGAUUGCUGGGACUGUGGACUUCAUAUUUGGAGAUGCAGCAGCAAUCUUCCAAAACUGCUUGAUUCUUUUAAGAAAGCCAAUGGCUAACCAACAAAAUACCAUCACAGCUAGUGGAAGGAUGGACAAGUUUCAGAGCACAGGCUUUGUACUCCAAAAUUGUAGGAUUGAGCCCGACAAGGAUUAUGAUAAGAGCAAGACAAAAAGCUAUCUUGGGCGACCAUGGAGGGACUAUUCUAGAACAGUGGUAAUGGAAUCAACGAUCGAGGACGUGAUUCAGCCAGAAGGAUGGUUGGCUUGGGAUGGAGAUAAAGGGUUAAAGACAUUGUAUUAUGCGGAGUUUGGCAAUGAAGGACCAGGAUCAAAAACAGAUGGUCGAGUUAAGUGGGAGGGGUUUCACGUGAUCAAUCGAGAUGAGGCCAUGAAGUUUACAGUGGACCCUUUCAUACAAGGAGAAAAGUGGAUUGAUGACAUUGGUGCGCAAGUUAAGUUUGGAUUGUUUAGUUAAAUUAUGAAAGGCAACAAAUUAAAUGAGGAACAUGCAAAGAAGCUUUGGUUGUUUGUUUAACAUAUUAUAAUGAGCUUUCACGCACAACAUAGAGAAGUUAAAACCUGAGAAAAUAUUAAUUUCCAAACGCAAAAAGAUUAAUUGAAAAGUGCAAAAACUGAGUUUUGGGAGGAUGUUGUUGUGGCUUAUGGCCAACACUUUUGUGUUCCGCUCAAUUUUUUACUAUUUGGAUGUUAACAAGAGAUACACAGAAGACAUUGGUCCAUACACGGUAUAGUCAAACGGGAUAAAAUUUUAUCUCAUUUUGUUUUCUUUUAACGCAACUCGUUGUUCUAUCUUGUGUUUUUUGUAAUCCCUUUUUCUUUUUGCAAAGUAUUUUUAAUCUUUAACAUCUCUGUAAAAAAGCAUGUUAACAAAAUAUUAUAUUUUUCCAAGUUCUCAAGAAAAAUAAAUCCUUUUUAUUCUUUACCUUUAGAAUUGUAUAGACAUGUUUAGUAUGAGAAAAGAAGAAUCAUAAUGCAAGUAAAAAAUACCUCAUUUAUAUAUAUUUUUUUUACAAUGAAUUAUUCACCCUCCCCUUAGCAAUCAAUUUAACUAUAAGCAAUACCGGCAAAGUAAGC